GGACAAACUACCUCGAAUCGCAAAGUGCCCGGAUAAUAUUGUUUUCAUUGGAUUCAAAAUGGACGUCAGCACACAUAAUGUUUGAAAAAACAGUACACCCACAUGUUUUUUGAGAUUACUAGAAAUGAAAGGCAGCAAUAUGGAAAAUGGAGUUGACAAAGAAGAAUUUGAAAGAUACACACCUAAAAAUCCACUUCCUAAUGAGAUUCAGAAGAUGAAACGGGAUGAAACUAUUUGCAAAUACUGUGGUGUUAGUUAUUUGAUUCAUAAUGAAAUCAAAGCUUUGGAGGAAAAGCUGAAAAAGACUGAAGCAGAACUAGAAAAGCUGAAAGGAUGCGAAGAAAGAGAAGGAGAGCUUAAAGAGAGGAUAGAAAAACUCGAAGAAGAGAAAUCAGACCUAAAGAGGAAUCUUGAGGCUAAAGAAAUUCUCAUAACUACGUUGAAAAAUAAUAUAAAGAAUGACGAAGAAUUAAAGGCUGCUAACAGACAGCUGCAGGUCAAAUUAGAGGCUGCAGUGAAGCUUAAAGAAGAAUACAGACAGAAGCACUCCCUGUACGACAGAAGCCUCCCGCUGGUGAAAACAAAGAUAGCAGAGCAGAGGGAAGAAAUUAACAGCAUCCAUGCAUUUGUAGAAGAAAGGAAUACUCAGAUGAAACAAGAACUCGAACUCUUGUUGUCGACAGUUCGAGACAGAUGUUCUAGUCAAGACAGCGAUAAGAAAGAAUUACUGGACAAAAUAGAAAGUCUGGAAUCGGAGAAAUCCGAAACGUCAGUAAUGAUGGUUGCCUUGAAGGAGAAGUUGAAAGCAAAAGAAGGGGAGGUAGUCAAACUACAGCAAUCUGUCAGUGACAGCGUGCAACUGCAGCACAAAAUCACACAGCUGGAAUGCUCACUCAAUGCUUUGCAGACAGAGUUAGAUGAAAAUUUGUCCAAAAACAGAAGUUUGCAAAUGGAAACACAGCAGUUCAAAGAACAACUCCGGAAUAAAACAAAGGAAGUAGAGGAUCUGACAUCACAGUUUCGACAGCGGGAUCAGAACAAUGAAAUGAACACUAAGAAGUUACACAAUGAUCUAAGGCAAAAGGAGGCAGAAUUACAGUCUAGAAUAAAGGAACUGAAGAAUGUUGAAAAUAAACUCCAAGAGCAACAAGCAAAAGAGGAGGAGUUUCAUCGGAAAGCUACUCUUACAGUUACGGCAAGCAGAGAAAUCAAACAAGAUCUGGAAAAGGCAAGAGAGGAGAUAGAGCAGCUAAAAUCUGAAAGGGAAAUAAUGAUCACCUCCCACCAGAAUAGAAUAGAACAGCUGAGGGAGAGCUUCAGACAGAAGAUAUCAGAGUCGGAGGGUUGGCCGGAGAAGCUACAAGAAGCCAUCAGGAAAGAAAGGGAGAAGCAUGCUAAAGCCAUAAAAAAGAUGGAGGAUGUGUUAAAAGAAAACUUUGUCAUGGAGAUGAAUAUAGAAAAACAGAAAUAUCAAGAGUUGCUAGAAAAAUACCAGGGCUCUAACAAGGAUCAUGAAACAAUGCUGAGACAACAACUUAGCUCCCUGGAGAACAAAUAUAGGUCUGAAAUAAAAGAGCUACAACAAAUAUUGGCAGACUCAAAAAUCCGAGCCAAGGAAACAGAAGAUUCUCUGCGAAAGGAAGUGAGCAGUCUGAAAGCGAUCAUCAAAGACCUUGAGGACAGGCUAGCUCGCCUAGACUCAGGAAAUGAAGAAAUGAUACAAAAACUGAAGGACCAGCUGAAAGAGACUCACGAAGAAUUGGAUCAGUCCAAACAGGAACUUCAGAGUAAAGAGGAACAGGUUCAGGCAGUCCGACAGGAGGUCAUUUUCUUACAAGACACUGUGAGAAAAGAAUGUGAGGAGAGAUUUGAACUGACAGAGAAGUUGAGUGAAGCAAAAGAAGAAUUAUUGCAACUGAAGAAACCAUCUGGUGGCUACAGUUCUCUGGCUUCCCGGCACUCUGCCAAGAGCAACGCUUCCCUAUCCUCCAAUGCCUCCGCCGGAACACUAUCUUCCCUUCAGUCCAAAGACGCAGAAAGGAAAUCACCGCAGGAACAAGAAAAUGAACAGAUACUCUCACCCUCUCCACCUCGAGCACCGCCACGAGAGUAUGCAGUGAGCAGCGGUAGCAACGUCUCUUAUCAAGGCGAGCCCGCUAAGCCAUCUGGAAAACUGAAAGGAAACUCUCUCGAGAGUACUCGUAAACGAAUUGCAGCCAUGUUAGGAAGAAAAUCAUGAUAUUAUGGCAGAAAAUUAAUUUGUGUCUGUGAUCAAAUCAGCUUAUACAUGUAUUAAUAUUUUUGUACUUUUCAUAUUUAAUUGCAUGUAUGAGUUUUUAGCUUAAUUCUUAGUAAUUUAUUCAAUUCUGUGCAUGUGUGUGAAAGGAGAAUUUGGUAUAUUGACUAAUUGACUGACAGCCAUAUUGAAGUCAUAUUAAAUAGGAUACAUGAAAUUUUAACAUGUAAUCUUUUGUGUCAAAAUGUGUACAUAUUGAGGCUAGUGUCUUUUACACUGACCAGGCUCCUUAUUAACUGAUGCAUUUUUUUGUAAUUUUAUCAUGCCAACGUGAAACUGCUAGUCAUUUAUAAAAUACCUGCUGUGCAACCUAAUUUUGACUGUGAAUUAUUGACUUAUGUUUACCAGGUAAAUGUAUAUGAAUGUAAGCUCUAAUCAUAAAUUAACAUAUUUACAAUAAAAGACAUAAUCAAAUUUUGA